AAUUUGGCUACAGAGAAAAACAAGAAGUGGCAUUACCUUUUUAGCCAAACCCAAAUUCUCUUCGUUCCAAAGAAGAAAAGCCACCCUUUCUUCCCCCGACCACCCUCUCCUGGUCCUGGCCGUUUCGCUUUCAUCCAUUCUUCCCCAAACCACCCUCUUCUGGCCACCCCGCCUUCCUCACCGUCGCCCUGCCUUUCCCUUCCUCAUAUGCCCUUUCGACGCACUCACAAGCUUCUUUUGAACUGCCUUUCCCCUAAUGUUCAACCCAGCCACACAAACCCUAAUUUCCCAGUUUUAGGUGCUCCACAACCUCCGCCUUGCACCAUUGGCAACCGUCGCGACUUCGCCUCCAUUCUUAGCUCAUACGGAGAGAUGUGCUUCUGGCCAGGCAGGUGCGUUCGUUCGCAUCAGAGCCCCUCCUUCGGCUGCCUUGGCCUCUUCCAUUCUCGGCCCUUUCUUAUCAGUGGGCUUCCGAGAUUCCGUUUUUACUCCUCCUCUUUCAGAAGUUUUGGACGGUCUGAUCUCGAUUUCACUCACACAUUUGGGGUCGACAUUUCCGCUUUGGGUGAAAUGAGGGAGAAAGAGUGCAUGGAUGCUCUUCAGGCUUUUAAUGAUAAGAACAAGGAGAAAGUGAAGCUGGUUACCAAGCUAAUGGGAGUAAACCACUGUCAUCAUUAUAAAAAAAGGUCUUACAUGCUGCUUAGCGUGAUGAAGAGUCAUUAGCUGAGGGUCUUCUUUGGCUUCUAUCAAUUGGAAAGGUGUCAAGCAAGGAGCAAGUUAAUACGUUAUCAAAGGAAUUUAGAGAUCUCGCUACUGUCCAAGGUCUUUUGUUAACUUGCAUUUGACAUCAGUUCCUUAUUUUCAUUAUUCAUCAUAAUCUUUAUCUCUUUAGACUUGCUUGUUUCUGGUAUUGUGUUUGCUUUGAUAUUUGUUUCUCUGUUUACUUAAACAUAACUUAGCAUCUGGUAGCUCCCCCAAAUAGUGAAAGUGAUGAAUUUUGUUGUAUACAUUGAUGUACAUACUUUUGACAUGAACUGUAAGAGGUCCCUAGAACCACUUGUAUUACAUACGAGGAUAUAUGUUCCCUUUGUGGUUGAGCCUAAACAAGUUGUGGGUUCUUGUUAGAAAAUGACAGUGAAUGAAAUUGGAGAAAUGAGAGUUCUGGCCGCUUGUUUUAGAGUUGUUAACUAUUUUGUUGCUCUUUUAGUGUGUUGGCAGGAGGAUGAUGUGGUUUGAGUACAUGUUGAGUGAAGUUAUGAGCCCCAUAUGUUUUUUAUGUGAGAAGUUAUGAAGUGUAUACUAGUUCCUGCCUUGAGAACAAGGCAUUUGGAUACAAAGGUGCAGAUGCCUCGGAUGGAGUCCUUGGCACAUAUUUUUUUGGUAGAAGAAGGAUGAUUUUGAAUAGUUAACUCUAGAUAGAUUGACAGUCUUAAUGUUGACUUUAGAACCAUAGAAGUAAUAAUUAGUUAGCUUAUUGAGGAGAUGUAGAUUGUAACAGUAUAGAAUUAUUGACUACAAGAUUUGAUGAC